AUGGGGCUUUCCCAAUGGAGUUCACCUCCACCGUCCUCUUCUUUUUUCAUGCAUGCUUUUAUCCUUCUCUGGUGGUGUGGCUUGUUAGUCACCCCUGUUGUUGGCGGGAAUAAUGAGACUGAUCGGUUGGCGUUGCUUGAGUUCAAAGCCAAGAUCACUAAUGAUCCUCUCCAGGUUUUGAGCUCUUGGAAUGACAGCAUCCACUUUUGUCUAUGGCGAGGGGUUACUUGUGGUCGUCGACAUCAGAGGGUCAUUGUGUUGGACCUGCAAUCUUCGAAACUGGUAGGCUCUAUAUCACCACAUGUUGGUAAUUUAAGUUUUUUGAAGAAUCUAACACUCUUAAACAACAACUUUCAUAAUGAAAUUCCUUCAGAAAUUGAUCAUUUACGCAGAUUGCAAAUCCUACAAAUGUACAAUAACACACUUAGUGGCAAAAUUCCAAGAAAUUUAUCCCAUUGCACCAACCUCAAAUUCAUUAAUUUCGGUCGCAACCUUUUAGAUGGGGAAAUCCCUACAACUCUUGGCACUUUGUCAAAACUCCAAUUCGUUUCUUUUGAAAUAAAUAAUUUGAUAGGAAGUAUCCCACCUUUUUUCGGUAACUUAUCCUCUCUAGAAGUGUUUGGUGCAUUAUCUAAUAACUUGGGUGGGAGUAUCCCUCAUUCUUUUGGCCAAUUGACGAAACUUACAAUUUUUGCUGUAGCUUCAAAUAGGUUGUUUGGAAGAAUUCCUCGUUCAAUCUUCAAUUUGUCUUCGUUACAAAGUUUUGAUGUAGGAUUCAACCAAAUCCAAGGGCACCUUCCAUCUGACAUAGGUAUCACCCUACAAAAUAUCGAAUUUUUAAGCAUUAUGGGCAAUCAAUUUACUGGACCUAUCCCUAUUUCAAUAUCUAAUGCCUCAAAUCUACAUACACUUCAAUUUUCUAGAAAUAAAUUAAGUGGAAAAGUUCCUUCUUUGGAGAAGUUAAACAGAGUUUUAUACUUUUCCAUAUUCGAGAAUGAGCUUGGAAAUGGAGGGGCAAAUGACUUGAGUUUUCUUUGUUCUUUAACAAAUGCCACAUAUCUAAGGGACUUGCUGAUACAAAUAAAUAACUUUGAGGGAGAAUUGCCCAAGUGCAUUGUCAAUUUCUCAACUACUCUCACUAGUUUGGGUUUAGAACAAAAUAAAAUAUCUGGGAACAUUCCUCUUGGGAUAGGAAAUCUGAUCAAUUUGGAGGUGGUGGGCUUGGGCGACACUAAAUUAUCAGGUAAUAUUCCUUUUGAAAUUGGAAAACUUCGAAAGUUACAAGAUUUGGAUUUAUCUCAAAACAAUUUCUUUGGGAACAUUCCUUCCUCUCUUGGAAAUUUAACUCUAUUGAUAAACUUGAAUUUAGAGGCUAAUAAUCUUCAAGGAAGCGUCCCUUUGAGUCUAGUCAAGUGUCAAAAUAUGAAUGAUUUGACUCUUGCCAAUAACAAUCUCAGUGGUACCAUAUCAUAUCAAGUUAUUGGUCUCUCAUUCUCACUAAUCACUCUAGACUUGUCAGCCAACAAAUUUACUGGUGUUCUUCCUAUAGAAGUAGGAAAUUUCAAAAAUUUAGAAUUCUUGGAUAUUUCUGAAAAUAUGUUUGUUGGAAAAAUUCCAACAAGUCUUGGUAGCUGUGUAAAACUAGAAUUUCUAGUCAUGAGAAGCAACUUCUUUCAAGGGGUCAUUCCUUCAUCUUUGGAAUCAUUAAGGGGUCUUCAAGUUUUAGAUCUUUCCAAAAACAAUUUCUCUGGAAAUAUUCCAAAAAUUUUGGAGAGCUUUAUCUUCUUGGAGUUAUUGAAUUUGUCUUAUAACCAUUUUGAGGGUAAGGUACCAACAGAGGGAGUUUUCAAGAACACAAGUGCAACUUCAAUUAAGGGAAAUACUGAGCUAUGUGGAGGAGUUCCAAAGUUCAAGCUUCCUGUAUGCAAAUACAAUAAAUCCAAGAAAAGGAAGUUGACUCAUUCCUUGAAGCUAAUAAUCUCUAUACUUUCUGGAAUUUUUGCUACAGAUGCAUUCUCCUCCACUAAUUUAAUUGGUGUGGGAAGCUAUGGAUCUGUGUAUAGAGGAAUUCUCGAUCAAGAUAGACAUGUAGUUGCUAUCAAGGUGCUCAAUCUUUCGCACCAUGGAGCUUCAAAGAGUUUCAUUGCUGAAUGUGAGGCUUUGCGAAAUAUCAGACAUCGGAAUCUGGUAAAGGUAUUCACAGCAUGUUCAAGUGUUGACUACCAAGGUCAUAAUUUCAAAGCAUUGGUAUACGAGUUCAUGACUAAUGGCAACCUAGAUGAGUGGUUGCAUCCAAUUUCAAGAACAAAUGAGGUUCCUGAGGAGCAAAUGAAUUUGAAGCUUCUUCAAAGACUGAAUAUUGCUAUUGAUGUUGCAAAUGCAUUGGAAUAUCUUCAUCAUCAUUGUCAUACACCAAUUGCUCAUUGCGACCUUAAGCCUAGAAAUGUUCUUCUUGAUGGUGAAAUGAUUGGACAUGUUGGUGACUUUGGCUUGGCAAGGUUCCUUCGUGAGGCCAGCCAAGAAUGUCUUGCUAAUCAAUCAAGCUCUAUCGGAUUAAGAGGAACAAUUGGUUAUGCUCCUCCAGAAUAUGGUUUGGGAAACGAGGUGUCAACUUAUGGUGAUGUCUACAGUUAUGGCAUACUAUUAUUGGAGAUGUUUACAGGAAAAAGGCCCACUGAUAACAUUUUCAAAAACAACUUGAACCUUCAUGAUUUUGUUAAAGGAGCUUUGCCCGAACAAGUGAUUAACAUUGUGGAUCCUAUUAUCCUUUGGGAAAGAGAAGAUAUGGAAACAAGGACAAAUGAUGCUCACAUUCAAAAUCAAAUAGGAAGUCCCAAAAUUCUAGAGUGCUUGAUUUUGAUAUUUGGAAUUGGAGUUUCUUGUUCUAUAGAAUCUCCAAGAGAAAGGAUGGACAUUAGUGAUGUUGUAGCUCAGUUGCAUUUAAUUAGAGAAAAGCUCCUCAGAAUUAGAAUCCGCCGAGAAAGACUUCAACUUACAGGUUACGAUUUAGGUUUUGGUGGUGAUCAAUCUGAGAUUUGGUUGUCAGAGUGGGCAUUAGCAUGGGGUCAUGGUGCUGUGGGUGGACUUGGGUUCAUGGGGCGGUGGGUAGUAGCUCGCCGUGGGUCUUGGGAUUGA